AUGUCCUCCGAACGGACACCCCUCAUCGACGAAGACGACCGUCGCCGACGCGCAAACAAUGCAGACGACUCGGACGACGCCGACCCUCAACCCCCCGGACCGUCGCGUCUGCGAGAGGUGAUCCUCUUCAUCUGGGCCCUCGUCGCGACCGCCGCCGUCAUCAUCCUUGCCGUUUGGGCCCAACACCGCAACCAGACCGGCGGCCAGUUCAAGCACCCGACUAAGCGCAACCUCAUCUUCAUGGUCUCCGACGGCAUGGGCCCGGCCUCGCUCUCCCUGACCCGCAGCUAUCGUCAGCACGUCCAAGGGCUGCCCGAGGGUGACGUCCUCACGCUGGACAAGCACUUUUGGGGCUCCAGUCGCACCCGGUCUUCCAACUCCCUCGUUACCGACAGCGCCGCCGGCGCCACCGCCUUCUCGUGCGGGAAAAAGAGCUACAACGGCGCCAUCUCCGUUCUGCCCGACUACGAGCCUUGCGGCACCGUCCUCGAGGCCGCCAAGCGCGCCGGUUUCAUGACCGGCCUGGUCGUCACCACCGACAUCACCGACGCCACGCCCGCCUGCUUCGCCAGCCACGUCCUCACCCGCGCCAUGAACGACGAUAUUGCCCUCCAGGAAGUCGGUGCCGGCCCUCUCGGUCGCGUGGUCGACAUCAUGCUCGGUGGCGGCCGCUGCCACUUCCUGCCGAACGGCACGCACGGCAGUUGCAGGCUCGACAACGAGGACGUCGUCAGCAGGGCGCGGAAGGAGUUCGGCUGGAACUACGCCGGCGACCGCAAGGCCUUUGACGCGCUGAACCUGGGCGAGAAUGUCCACUUCCCCCAGCUCGGCCUCUUCGCGCCCGGCGACAUCCCCUUCGAGAUCGACCGGCGCAACAUGAGCCACAUCUACCCGAGCCUGAGCGAGAUGGCCACCACCGCCCUGCGCGCCCUGGAGAAGGCGACGGAGAACAGCGACAAGGGCUUCUUCCUCAUGAUCGAGGGCAGCAGGAUCGACCACGCCGGCCACAUCAACGACCCCGCCGCCCAGGUCCACGAGGUUCUCGAGUACGACAAGGCCUUCAAGCACGUCUCCGACUUUGUCAAGAACAGCAAGACCCAGUCUCUCCUCGUGGCCACCAGCGAUCACGAAACCGGUGGCCUCGCAACAGCUCUUCAGGAACCCGGCCACCUGCCAGUGUACAACUGGUACCCCAGACAGCUCGCCAAGGCCACGGCCUCGGCCGAGCUCCUGGCCAAAAAGUUCAUCCUGCACGUCUCGAACAACAAGUCCAAGAGCAGAGACGACCUCAAGAAGUGGGUCAACGAGGAGCUCGUCAUCCCGGGUCUCGGCAUCCAGAACGCCCACCCGGAGGAGCUCGACGCCCUCGUCGACAACCCCGCCGUGUCGGUGCAGACCUUCGCCGCCAUGAUCAGCCUGCGCGCCCACAUCGGCUGGAGCACCCACGGCCACACGGCGCUCGACGUCAACGUCUACAGCACCGGCGGCGACGAGGCCGCCGCCAUCCGCGGCAACAUCGAGAACACUGAAAUCGGAAAGUUCCUGCGCAACUAUCUCGACGUCGACGUCGACGCCAUCACGGACGAGCUGCGCGAGAAGAUGAACGUGAAGCAGCUGGGCGCCAUGAGCAUGCAGCAGACGCCCGCCGCCAUGAUCGAGGAUCCCAGCAGCUGGAGCGAGCAGCAAGAGCACGCCCAUCUCUUGGCGGUCUAA